UUUUGUAGAAUUUCAAAGACCUUGACUUUACACCCCUUCCACCGAAACUGUCAAUCAAGAGAACAAAUCGGAGCUAUCCAAUUCUUAUGCAACCAAUCGUAUGAUCCGAUAACAACAAUAAAUUAUGUAAUCUUCGCUGUUUCCCAGCCUCAGACCACCUUUCUUCUUAAAUUCAGCACAAUUACAACCAAUUUUCUUUGACCCAUUUCACAUUUUUACCUGUUCAAUCAGGCCAUUCCAAAUUUCUUUCAAAUGACCCAAAGUAACCAACUUUUUUCACAAUCACACCAUACAUUCGCUUGAAGAAAAUCUCAGAGUUAUUACUUUCUUCUUUUCUUUCUAUUCUUUUUAGUGCAUGCAAAGAGAUGGCAAAUUUGGGUUCUGGGAUUCUCAUGAAGCUUCUUGGAGAAAUGGGGGUUGAUGAAAAGGUGUCAGAGGAUUGUAAACCUGUUUUGUUACAAGUUAGAAGCAUAAUUCCAGUGUUGGCAGAGGGUGAUCUUUGGCCUAACCAGGGUUUUUACUUGAAGGUUUCGGAUUCUUCACAUGCUCUUUACGUGUCUUUGCCUCAAGAGCAGGAUGACAUGAUUCUUUGCAACAAAUUGCGGCUUGGGCAGUUAAUAUAUGUGGAAAAGUUGGAGGUGGCAUAUCCGGUUCCCAUGCUUAAAGGUGUAAAGCCUGUUCGGGGCCGCUAUGCCUGCGUUGGAAAUCCUAAAGAUCUUAUUCCCAUGGAUAAUUUGGUGAAGAAGAUUCGGGGAAAGUUUCGUUCUUUAAGUACUUCAAGAGUCCGGCCAAAUGAGGAGAAAUAUAGAAGACCCUCCAGGUCUAGAAAUGGUGAUAUUGAGAGGAGACUUUCUGAUGUAAGGAAGGUGUCUAAAAAAAUUGGUUUUGUUGACAAAGAUAGUGAUUCUGAGAGUACAAUAUCGUCUUCCUCUUCUAUGUCAUCAGUCAAGAGAAGAAGCUGGAAUGGGUUAGAAAUUCCAGAAUCCCGGAUUAUCAAGCAUUCGAUGAAACCAAUUGGUCGCACUCGAAGUGCUCAAUUUCCCCCGGUUUUUCCUGCCGGGGAUGAUAGCUCAGAUGACAUUUCAAGCUUUAAAUCGGAAAGAAAAGAUAUUGGUAUAGAUAUUAAAUCCGUCCAAAGUUCCAACAAUUGUAGGAUCCUUACGUCAGCAAAAUGUUGUGAGGAGUCCUUAGAUCCUGCAGUGGUGUUCAGUUUGGUUAAUGAUGGAAAAUUGACAGAAACCACAAUUUCAUGGAACUCCCUCUCCUCAAGCUUAGUGAAUCUUGCCAAGGAGGUGUUAAGGCACAGAGAUGUGGCUCUGCUUGCUGCUGUGGAGGCAUUGGAAGAGGCUGCUGCUGCUGAAAGAUUGCUCAAAUGCCUGAGUACAUACUCAGAGCUUCAAGCAACCAAGGGGGAUGAUCACCAACAAUUGGUUGAUAACUUUUUCAGCCUUCAAGAUGACUUGGUGAACACACAACACAUUGUUCAGUCAUUAACAAACAUUAGUCCACCAGGAGCAAAUGACAGUGAUCCAAACGGCCCUGCUUCCAUCAGAGACUGUCUGAACCUUGCUUUGGACAGAAAGAAAAAUGCAGCUACAUGGAUUAAAGCGGCUUUGGCAUCCGACCUCACCCUAUUCCCUACCCUUAAUAUCCCUAAUGGGACUACCAACAUAGUGAAAGAAUCAAGUAGAAUUCAUGGCAGUAACCCAAAGGGCACAUGUAUAGGCAGGAAACAGAUAUUUAAUGGCGAAAUCUGUGUUGCAGAGAAGGACAGCCCACCACAUUGGGUUAAGGGACAUGCUUUGCGUGCAGCUGUGGACCUGACAAAUUCCCUCCAUGAUGAAUGUAGAAGAUGGUUUUUAGGUUUUGUUGAGAAUUACUUAGAUGAAGUAAAGAGCAAAACCAUUUCUAUGGAGUCAGAUAGUGAGGAAGCUGAGAUGAUGUGUCAGAUUAAGAGAGUGAGCGACUGGUUGGAUGUGAUGGUUAACAAAAAGGCCAAAUCUCUCAAAAUUGGAUCUGAAGACAGUUCCACACUGGUGGACUUUGAAUUAGAAGUCUAUGGGAGGGUGAGGAACAAAAUAUAUGCUGUCCUCUUGAAGCAUGUUGAGAGAACUGCUAUGGCUUUUGAAAAUAUGAAUGCAAAAGCUGAAGGUUGAGGAUUUACCCCAGCAAUGAAAUGCCCUUCUUCCUGGAAGGAGUUUCGACAAACAUUAACUUCCCAAAACUGUAUGUUCAUCAACCCCAUAAUUCUCAAUACAUGCAGAUUUCAUGUAAAAUGCCAUUCACUUCAAAGAUGUAGAUAGAAUUUUCUCUUCUUUUUAAUUUUAAUUUUUAUUUUAUUUUUUCAUUCUUUGUGC